AUGUCUCUCAGGGUUAUCAGCAGUACCACUUUGUAUCCAUCUCCAUCAUCUGAUCCUUCGAUAUCUUAUGAUACGAAAAUCCCUCUAACGAUUUUCGACAAAGCAGCAUUCGAUCUCAACGUAUCUGUUUUAUACGUGUUUCAGCCACCCAUGCCUUCCAAUGAAGCCAUGAAAGAAGGUUUGUUGAAAGCUCUCGUUCAUUUCCCACAUCUUGCAGGUCGGUUUGCAACUGACGAACAAGGUCGGCCGUGCAUUCAUCUGAACAACGCAGGAGUUGGAGUUAUCGAGACGUAUAUUCCGGCAACGUUAGCUGAACAGCUUCCUUUCAAUCCGAACACGGAUAUAGAAGAACUAUUUCCACCUAUUGAAAGUAUUGAGGAAAUAAUGCAGAUUCAACUUAAUCGUUACGCUUGUGGUGGCCUUGUAAUUGGCCAAACAUGCCAUCAUCAUGUGGCUGAUGGUCAAUCCAUGAGUUCUUUCUUCUUUGCAUGGGCAAAGUUAGGACGUGCAGCUGGUUUCGCGUCAGACAAACUGGAUCAGGACGACCACCACGUAAUCCUUCCUUACCACGACCGAGCUUCAGUUGCCGUUCCUAGGAACCCGCUUAACGUAGAAUUCGACCAUCGUUCUAUCGAAUUCCGGAAGAGUUGUAAUGAAAAUGUUAAAUCUUCGUCAUCUAUUAAAAACUUGGUUGUUAACUUCUCUGUUGAUUUUAUGGCAAAACUUAAAAUGAAGGUUAAUGAAGAAAUUAGUAACUCAUUACCACCCCAUAGAAUGUAUACUACUACUUUUGAGAGUCUUUUAGCACAUGUAUGGAAGAAGGUGACUCAAGCAAGAGGUUUAGAACCAGAUGAGUUCACGCAAGUCAGGGUUGCAGUGAAUGGUAGAGCCAGGAUGAAACCAACAGUGCCCAUGGAGUAUUUUGGGAAUUUGGUACUUUGGGCUUACCCAAGAUUGCAAGUCAAAGAAUUAUUACAAGAAAAUCAUGCUUAUGUUGCGAGGACAAUUCAUGAAGCCGUAGCUCGAGUUGAUAACAGUUAUUUCAAGUCCUUUGUAGAUUUCGGUCAAGUUAUAAAGGAAGAUGAUGGAGGUGAGAAACUGGUUGCCAUGGCGUCGGAUGUCGGCAACUUAUUGUGUCCAAAUUUGGAAGUUGACAGUUGGUUGAGGUUUCAAUUUCAUCAAAUGGAUUUUGGUGGUGGGAGUCCUUGUGCUGUUCUUCCGGCUGAAUUACCCGUUGAAGGCUUGGUGAUUUUUGUUCCUUCUUGUAUACAAGGUGGUGGUCUUGAUGUCAUCAUGGCACUGCAACAUGAGCAUGUCCAAAUUUUCAAAGAUAUUUGUCACCUUUAUUGA